AUGGCCUCUGCAGAAAUCACGAUUGAGCCAAUUAUUGAGAGUUCAGCGGCUCACAACGUGGACAGGAGGCGCUUCAUGCACGAUAUCCACGACCUGGGUUCAGAUGAGCUGGACGGGCUGAUGUCGAACAGUGAAGGCCGGCCUUUCCUUGUCGUGCAUCAUCUUCCUGAAAUCAAAGAGUUCGGCGUCCCCUACCUCAUGCCCAGCACACCUAUCACAUGCAGAGUGGACAACACAGAGAAAUACACUACUCGAUCAAAGGUCCGUGUGGGAACCCUUUACACCGUGCAGCUCACACAUGGCCACUUCCACUGGACAGUGAAGAGAAAGUACAAACACUUUCAGGAGCUUCACCGAGACCUUUACAAGCAUAAGAUGAUGAUUCACCUGCUGCCUCUGGGAAGAUUUGCAAAGGACAGGCAUAUGCUGAGAAACAUGUCGGAGGAGAUGCCCAGCCUGCACGGGACCGAGCGCACCAGAAGGACCUCCAGCAAAAUGAAAUACCUUGAGGAGUACCUGAAUGGUCUGCUGGAGAACACGUUCUGUCGAAAUGACCACGCCAUGCUGGAGUUCCUCUCAGUCGGCGCUCUCUCCUUCAUCACUGAUCUCGGACCAAAGGGCCUGGAGGGGCCCAUCAUCAAGAGGUCGGGGGGUCACCGGAUCCAGGGCUUGAACUGCAUCGGGCAUCAUCAGGUCUGUUUCCGCUGGUCGCGGCGGUGGCUGGUCGUCAAAGACUCCUUCCUGAUGUACAUGAACCGGGACAACGGCAACAUCAACUUCGUGCUGCUGUUCGACCCGGAGUUCAAAGUGAAGGUGGGCCGUGCCUACACGGACACCACUCAUGGAGUCUGCAUCGAGAACUUCACCCGGAGUCUGAUCAUCAAGUGCAGCAGCUAUCGACAGACUCACUGGUGGAGUCAUGAAAUCAACCGGCUGGCGGACUCCUGCGACUUUCUCAAAGUGCAGCGCUUCAAUGGAUUCGCUCCACCGCGGGAGAACACGCUCACCAAGUGGUAUGUGAACGGACGUGGCUAUUUUGCAGACCUGGCUGAUGCUCUUGAACAGGCCAAGGAGGAAAUAUUCAUCACAGACUGGUGGCUGAGCCCGGAGGUUCACCUAAAAAGACCAGCGACUAAUAACUACUGGCGUCUGGAUGAGAUCCUCCAUCGCAAAGCUAAACAAGGAGUCAAAGUGUGCAUCCUCCUGUACAAAGAGGUGGAGUUGGCCCUGGGCAUCAAUAGUGACCACAGCAAGAGGACGCUCAUGAACAUGCACCCAAACAUCAAGGUCAUGCGGCAUCCGGACCACGUGUCGUCGGUGGUGUUCCUGUGGGCUCACCAUGAAAAGAUGGUGGCCAUUGACCAAACGGUGGCCUUCGUGGGAGGGAUUGACCUGGCCUUUGGAAGAUGGGACGACAACAAGUACCGCUUAACUGAUCUGGGGACGGACAAGCCUGACGAGCCGCCGGAGGAUCUGAAAAAAGAGGAAAUAGAUGGAAAUGGUGUUGCUGAUGGCUUGAAACAUUCUGAGCCAGAUGAGGAAGCAGAGCAAGCGGAGCAGGACCCAAAAGACCUGAAGAGUAACACUAAGCUGUGGCUCGGCAAAGAUUACAGCAACUUUAUCAGGAAGGACUGGGUCCAACUGGACAAACCGUUUGAGGAUAACAUCGAUCGCACUCAAGUUCCUCGCAUGCCGUGGCGUGAUCUGUCUGCAGCUAUGCAUGGCAAAGCUGCCAGAGAUGUGGCCCGCCACUUCAUCCAGCGCUGGAACUUCACCAAGAUCUUCAAAGUCAAGUACAAGGAUGACUUCUACCCUUACCUUCUUCCCAAGUCUCACUCCACUGCCGACUCACUGCCAGUCAUCGUGCCUGGGUCCAAGAAGGCAAAAGUGCAGGUGUUGCGCUCUGCUGAUCGAUGGUCAACUGGCAGCUGCGAGAACUCCAUCCUGAAUGCCUACAUCAACACCAUUGAGAACAGCGAGCAUUACAUCUACAUUGAGAACCAGUUCUUUAUCAGCUGCUCCGAUGCGAAGACCGUCCAUAAUGGGAUCGGCGAUGCCAUUGUGAAUCGAAUCCUGCGGGCGCACAGAGAGCAGAAGAAGUACAGGGUGUUUGUGGUGAUUCCCCUGCUCCCUGGAUUUGAGGGAGACAUCAGCGCAGGCGGUGGGACUGCCAUCCAGGCCAUUCUGCACUUCACUUACAGAACCAUGUGCCGCGGAGAGCACUCCAUCCUGUCACGGCUUCAUGAAGUGAAGGACCAGUGGACGGAGUACAUCACCUUCUGCGGCCUGAGAACUCAUUCCCAGCUCUGCGAGUCGCUGGUCUCGGAGCUCAUCUACGUGCACAGCAAGACCCUGAUCGCCGAUGACCGCUGCUAUAUCAUUGGCUCCGCCAACAUCAAUGACCGCAGCAUGCUGGGCAGCCGAGAUAGUGAGUUGGCCGUGUUUGUAGAGGAUGAAGAGCGCGUCCCAUCCGUCAUGGGAGGGGAGGAAUACGAGGCGGGGCCGCUCACACUCGCUCUACGCAAAGAGUGUUUCAGUGUUCUCGUUGGAGCUGCCUCAGACCCCAGCAUCAAUGUUGACGAUCCGAUCAGUGAUGAGUUCUUCUUCCUUACCUGGAACGAAGCGGCGAAACAGAACGCCAAAAUUUAUGAUAAGGUGUUCAAAUGCCUUCCCUACAACGGCGCCCACAACAUGCGAGAGGUGAAGGAGUACAGCGGCGCGGCUCGCCUGUGCAACACAGACCCCGACCAGGCGAAAGAGGAGCUGAAGUCCAUCCGGGGGCUGCUGGUCCACUUCCCCCUGAAGUUCCUGUGUGAGGAGAACCUGCUGCCUCCGCUCAACACUAAAGAAGGCAUGGCCCCUGUAGGGCUGUGGACAUAAGCACACUGCGUCAGACCGCUACACACAUUCCUCCUUGUAGUUUUAGUUCAGAUGAAGUUCAGCACAGUACACUAAAACGCUAGAGCGGUUCCAGCACCAGCACUUGAGAGAUGACGAAGGCAUCGCCUUACGCAUUUUACUAGUGAGAAGAUAGCUGAUAAUUUUUAGAUUUCAUUGUCGAUUAACUGUGGGCCAGUGAGAGCACAACCACUAAAAUGCAAACUGUAUGCCACCCGUGACUGUAAGCGCUUCAUAACUUUUUCAGUGCAAUCCGAACUUCCGGCCUGUCAGUGAUGCAAAGCACACGCCAAUGAAUGUAUGACUCAAGAAUGGAUCGCAAGAUUGCACUGGAAAUCAAGCAUCUCACAUGAUCUGGGAACAUAGUGUACAUUUAUUACAGCAAGAUUUUUAGGUGGGUGGGUUAAUCUCUCGCUCUCUCUCUGUCUCUCUCUUUCUCUCUCUCUCUCACACACUCUCCCUCCGAGGCUUCACCUCUCACUGCAGUGCCGGAAAAUCUGUCAGAACAUUUGUGGUUGUUAUGGUGACGGAUAUAAAGAGAUGACUGGAUUGUGGCUGAAAUAAAAACUGGGAUAGGGCAGAAAAGGAGAGGGCUGAUGAGAGGGAUACCGUACUAAAUCAGGCCUGUGUACCGGAAAUUAGACGGUAAUAUGUUGAUGGGCGGAUCGGCGGAUUCUGUGGGGGCAGAGUCAUUUCGCCAUGUUCGGGAUGAAUGAUCAGGUGGAGGAGUGGGAGAGGGAGAAAGCAAACGAUGACGAGAUAAUUGAAGAGCGCUAGGUUGAGUUACUGUUAAUUGUUGCAGUUUUUAAAAUAACCAUGACAGCAGAGUGAAUUAUUGUGUCUCCGUGCUGUCACCGCUUCCAGAACAGAAUAUUCCACUUCAACAUUGCACUUCUCGGUUUCCAUGUUAUGUCCAGGUGCCCUGAUGUGCAUCUUGCAUGUCGAGCCUAUAUUUUGUUGUAGCCGUCUGUUUAGGCUCGAUACAUUGAGCCCUUACACUCCAGAGCUUUGACGUCAUGUGUCCUUUACGUCCUCCACUGACUUCUGAGAUUUCCAUUCUGGGAUUCCAUCAGGCUACAGUUAGAAUUCAACUUAAAAGAAAGACAUGAUGUGAGUCGUUUUUUUGGAAAUGCUCAUUCCUUUUACUGAGCCAUGAGUAGUUACUACUGUUGAGCAACACGGACGUGUCUUGCACUGGACAUGAUGGUGAAUAUAGGCAGAUAAGCUCUCUGUUUCGACAACGUCUUAAAUCAUUCAUUAAGUAUCUGUUGGCCUUUUUUUUUUUUUUUUUUUUUUGUAAAGAGAAACAGGACUUGGGCUGCAUGGGUGGAGAAUAACUUUCACAGUCUGAGGCAAAACAAUGCAAUCUGUUGUAACACCUGUGUGAUAAAGAAGACGGAUGGAUGGGCAUGUGUGAAAGCUGCACCUGUAUCUCAGGGUUUUAGAGAGCAGGCAACAUGUACAGUGUAUGAACGAGACCUUUGUGUUCUUAGCCCUGCAGUGGUGUGUUUACCACACUUUGUAAUACAUGUAAAACCGCUGUCCAAUGUUUUCUUUUCAAACACCCAGUGAACAGUUGACCCAGAAUGCUGAAAUCUACUUAACAUGACCGUAAACAACCUGCUAAUCCAAAACAGAGGAAAUUUGUAGAGCCUAUAGAGUUAUGAAAUAGCGUGGACUUUAGAGUAAGCGUUUAACCCCCAGCACAGACCAACAGCACUAUCGAUGUGGUCUCAGUGCAAAUGUGACCUUUUUCCCAUGAAGCACUUCUCAUAGAUGAGACGCAAAGAACCUGUGUGGAGCAGCGGUGCUUUGCUGGCCUUGACAGCUGUUCAGAUUUUCUUUUAAAAUACAAUAAGAGCCACUAUUUACAUUGGAAACUGGGUGUCUGCAAGUAUCUCUCCUAGAGUACAAAAUUGCCUUAAGUGGUAUUCUUUGUUGUAAUGUAGAUUCUGCAAAAAUGUGUACUAAGAAGUGACCUUAUACUGUUUGUAUCGUUAAUAUUUUUGGACUAAUAGCCAGCAUUACCAAUAUAUUUUCUAUGUAUUGCCAGUGGAACAUUUUGUACUUAUUCCUAACAGUCAACAUGUGAAACCCUUGUGUAUGCAGAUUUGUAGAUCUAGAUUUCUAAAAAG